UCUUUUUGUCAGACAACUUUCAUUUUCCAUCUGCCUUUUGCUGCUCACACACAGCCGGGCUCCAGGAACACCCCACACCAACACUGAUCCCAAAACUCAGCUCUCUGAGGAGGGAGAGAAAGCUGUGCAUUUUGGUAAAGCCAUAGUGCCCAGACUGGCCAGAAGUUGCACCCUGUAAUCAUCAAAGGCUAUAGUGAAGACAAUCCUGACAACAUGAGUGAGGAGACAAGCCAUGGUUAUGGACACCAAGACCCCAGCAAAAAGCAACUGAGACUUGUCCUGGUGGGUAAAACAGGAGCUGGGAAAAGUGCAACAGGGAACAGCAUCCUUGGAAAACGAGCAUUUGAGGCAAGACUAGCAGCAAAGUCGGUGACCAAGAACAGCGUGAAAACAAGCAGAUUGUGGAAUGAGCGAGAAAUUGUAGUUGUGGAUACUCCUGGGAUUUUUGACACCCAUGUGUCUGAUGUGGACACUUCAAAGGAGAUCAGUCGCUGCCUCAUUAUGUCCUCCCCUGGGCCUCAUGCCAUCAUCCUGGUGGUCCCACUCAGUCGUUAUACCAAGGAGGAACAAGAUGCAGUGAAGAAGAUCCUGAUGAUUUUUGGUUCCAAAGCCAAGAAAUAUAUGAUCCUUUUAUUGACUCGGAAGGAUGAUUUGGAAGGUUCUGAUUUGCAUCAAUACUUAGGUGAAACUAAGAAUGAAGCUUUGAAAGACCUGAUUGGUCAGUUUGAUGGAAGAUACUGUGCAUUCAACAACCGGGCCACUGGAAAUGAGCAGGAGAGCCAGCUAAUAGAACUUCUGCGACUGGUUGAGCAAGUAGUACAGAAGAAUGGAGACUCUUGUUACACAAACCAGAUGUAUAAACUGGCAGAAAAGAAGAUUCAGAAAGAAACUGAAGCAUUGCAAAGAUCCUACAUGCAAGACCUGGAAAGAUUGAAAAAGGAAAUAAGACAAGAAUAUGAAAAGGAAAUCAGAAACUUAAAGGAUGAGCUGGAGCGAAAAGAAAGAGAAAAAGAAAUGCAUAAGGAACUUGCAGAAAAAGAAGCUUUCUAUGAAAAUAAGCAAAGAGAUGCCAGACAUGAGGUUAUAAACCUUAAUGAGUUCCUUGAAAAUUUCCUGAGAAUCUUGGGAGUAGCUUCUGACUUCAUUAAAUGUCUAUUUAAGGAUUAAGGAACUUAGCAAAACUGUUUUAUGUUUUCUGCUGCUUUCCCAGCAUCUUCCUUCUCUAUUGGUUAUUAAUGAAUACUCAGGCAUCACAAGUCCACCCUACCACUCAUGUGUCCAAGAAUAAAGAUAGUUGCAAACUUUUGGUAUAUAACAACUACACUAAUAUUUAGUAAAUAACAUCUCAGUCUAAAAAUAAAAGGACAGAUUAUUUUCCUGUGAAAAUCCAGAAAAGGAAAUUCUAACUCAUUCUGAACUGGAAAAUUUCCCUCCAAGAUUUAGAGGAGGAAAAAUGGAACAAUAGUCAAGAAUGCAAAUGGUUUUUAAUAUUUCUCCAUCCUCUCCUCCCUAGAAAGGGAAUGUAUUCUCUGUGUGGUGACUCUCAUUCACAUUUCAAUUGUUGUCAUCAUCAAGGAACAUAUAAUAGCUAAUAUUUGUGUAGGAAUUUAGGGUUUGCAGAACACUUUACAUAAUGUUUACUUACAAACAAUUACAUAUAAAUUGUGUCAUCUGAUUUGAUCCUCAUAAUAACCCAGUAAGAUAGAUGCUAUUAUUAUCCACAUUUUAUCAAUAAGGAAAUUAAAUCUAGAAUCUAAAGUUUCUCAUGAUAAUGGGGUUAGUAAGUGCCUGAGUCAGUAUUUGAAUUCAAAACUUCUUUUCUCUAAGUCUGAUACUCUACUCACUACACCACCUACUUGCCAGUUUCACAUUGGCCAUUAUAUCCUUGCUAUUCAUCUUAAUCAAAUAGUACUUAUGGAGGGAGAAGAUGAAAUCCUAUUAUAUUCAUUUUUCUUAAUCCUAAACUGGAAUUGCCCAUAGAUUUUCUCCUUCCUAAUGAUCCAUUCUCUCUGAUUACCUGCUCAUUUAAAUUGUCAGAAUUCUAUAUCAUUGACUGCCGUGUUUGUUGACAGUUCAUUUAUGUAGCUCUUUAAGAUUUACAAAACAUUUCCUCACAGAAAAUCUCUGAAAUAAUAUUGCAGGUAUUACUCUUAUUUUACAGGGGAAAAUUGCAACUCAGAAAAAAUUGGUUUUUCUCAUUGUCAUAAAGUUGUCAGUGUCAGGGUUAGAAUACAAGACUGGAUUUCUUCUGAUUCCAGUGCCCUUUUUACUUUACCACAUCACCUCUUUCAUUAAACAACUGUUCACCAAACAUCUCUGAAUUCAAUCUUUCCUGUGCCAAUCAUAUUCAGAGUAUAAUAAUGGGGCAAGUGGAAUGUUAAAUCCCUAUAAAUCCAUAGGCAGUGACUCUGACCCAACAGAUGAGACAAUGUGGUUUAAUGUCUUCAUUUCACUCUGCUAGUGGAACUGCAUGAUCUUAAUAAAAUUUGAUAUUUCUGAUUUUUCCAGGCUUUAUUUCUGUUCUGUAUUGACAUAGGGAGAGGAGAGGAAAGCAACAGUAUCACAAUCCCUCGGCAAAUGAAGACAGGUUUCUUUUUUCUUGUAAAAAUAAAAAAAUACAAAUGUC